AGUAAACCGUCCUUGCAACUGCACAAGCAUUCAAUAACCAGCUCAUUCCUUCUUACAAACUGUUCUCUCAUACCUUCCAGCUGUCUCUUUGUACUUUCAGUAUAUUUACACUGCUCUUCGUUCAGCAAGUCAAUCGUUGUUCUGUCGAGUUCCUACAUCCCAUCCAUUCUUUAUUUCCCUAAACGGCCAAAUCCCUCAGGCCCUUCCUUUGUCCGACGUCGGGCUAUCGAGGCUCCUUCAGGCUCACGUUCAGGCCGGCAGUGCCUUGUAACGCUCCUUUAUAACCCUAUCUCUUCCUGAACAGCGUUGGCCGUCGACACCCGCAGGAUAAUACUUCAAGAUGUGUGGUAUCUUUGGCUACAUCAACUACUUGGUCGAGAAGGACCGCAAGUUCAUUCUCGACACCUUGCUUAAUGGCCUUUCCCGACUUGAAUACCGAGGAUACGAUUCGGCCGGUCUGGCGAUUGACGGCGACAAGAGAAAUGAAGUCUUUGCGUUCAAAGAGGUGGGCAAGGUCGCUAAGCUGCGGGAGCUGGUGGCAGAGUCUGGUGUCGACAUGACCAAGGUCUUUGAUUCACAUGCUGGCAUUGCACACACUCGGUGGGCCACUCACGGUCAGCCGUCAAGGACGAAUUGCCAUCCUCACAGAUCCGAUCCCAAGUGGGAGUUCGCUGUGGUUCACAACGGCAUCGUCACCAACUACAAAGAACUCAAGGCUCUGCUUGAGGGCAAGGGCUUCAAGUUCGAAAGCGACACAGACACCGAGUGCAUUGCCAAACUCGCCAAGUUCCUCUACGACUCGCAUCCAGACAUUGACUUCACCACUCUCGGCAAAGCCGUCAUCAAGGAACUUCAGGGCGCUUUCGGUCUCUUGAUGAAAUCCGUCCACUUCCCUUCCGAAGUUAUUGCUGCCCGAAAAGGCUCUCCGUUAGUGAUUGGUGUGAAGACACAGAAGAAGAUGAAGGUGGACUUCGUUGAUGUUGAAUACUCUGAAGAUGGCGGUGCUUUGCCAGCCGAGAGAGCAAACCACAACGUGGCACUGAAGAAACAGGCUCCUGGCCUCCUCUCUCCCGGUGGGCAUCUCGCACCUCCCGACAAGUCUCUCCUCCACAGAUCACAGUCUCGUGCUUUCUUGUCAGAUGACGGCAUGCCCCAGCCUGCCGAGUUCUUCCUCUCUUCGGACGCCUCGGCUCUUGUUGAACAUACCAAAAAGGUUCUUUACCUUGAGGACGACGAUAUUGCUCACAUCCACGACGGACAGCUCAACAUCCACAGAUUGUCCAAGGAUGAUGGCACUAGUAAUGUUCGUGCCAUUCAGACCAUUGAACUCGAGCUCCAGGAAAUCAUGAAGGGCAAAUUCGACCACUUUAUGCAGAAGGAAAUCUUCGAGCAACCCGAGUCUGUCGUCAACACUAUGCGUGGUCGUUUAGACGUUGCGAACAAGACUGUCACAUUGGGAGGUCUCAGACAGUAUAUCAGCACUAUUCGCAGAUGCAGAAGAAUCAUCUUUAUCGCGUGUGGUACUAGCUAUCACUCGUGUAUGGCUGUCAGAGGUGUCUUUGAGGAGCUCACGGAAAUCCCUAUCGCUGUCGAAUUAGCCUCUGACUUCCUGGACAGACAAGCACCUGUCUUCCGGGAUGAUACUUGCGUCUUCGUCUCACAAUCUGGUGAAACCGCAGAUUCGCUGAUGGCUCUACGAUAUUGCUUGGAGCGUGGCGCAUUGACUGUUGGUGUAGUCAACGUUGUCGGUUCGUCCAUCUCUAUGCUCACCCACUGCGGUGUUCACAUCAACGCUGGACCCGAGAUUGGUGUUGCUUCAACCAAAGCCUACACUUCUCAAUUCGUGGCCAUGCUCAUGUUCGCUUUGUCACUCAGCGAAGACCGUGCUUCCAAGGCACAGCGCCGCUUCGAGAUCAUCGAGAGUCUGGGCAAAGUCAGCGAGCAGGUCCGAGAAAUCCUCAAAUUGAAUGACUCAAUCAAGGAAAUGUGCGCCAAGUUCCUCCAGAACCAGAAAUCUUUGUUGUUGCUUGGCCGUGGCAGUCAACAUGCGACCGCGCUUGAGGGUGCAUUGAAGAUCAAGGAGAUUUCUUACUUGCACUGCGAGGCGGUCAUGUCCGGAGAACUCAAGCACGGUGUCCUGGCUCUGGUCGACGAGAACUUGCCCAUCAUCAUGAUCCUUACCCGAGACGACAUCUUUCCCAAGUCUUUAAACGCAUAUCAACAAGUCAUUGCUCGAAAUGGUCGGCCAAUUGUCAUCUGCAACAAGGAUGACCCUGAAUUCCCACCAAGCAAGACGGAGCGUAUCGAGGUGCCCAAGACAGUCGACUGCUUGCAAGGUCUUCUGAACGUCAUUCCGCUGCAGUUGAUCGCCUACUGGCUUGCUGUUGCUGAAGGGCUGAAUGUUGACUUCCCACGUAACUUGGCCAAGUCUGUCACUGUCGAGUAACCUGUGAUCAGUGAGGUUCCUGCAGUUCUAGCCGGCUAUGCUGCUUGAUUGUGUUGGUGCAACGGAUAAGUGCAGUCCUGGAUCAGGGUCCUUGGUGUACACCAGCGUAUUAUUUGUAGAAUCACGCUGAGAUUCCUAAAGCGAGAGCACUACUCGGAGUCAGCGGCGUAAUUAGAUGAGAAUGAGAAUGAUAUCAUGACAUAUUGAA